AAAGAAAUAAUCAAUAAAAUACUACUUAAUAGUAAUUUUAUCAGGCUUUAUUGAUUUAGUUUUAAACUUGUUUUUACACUAAAACCAGUGCUUUGCUUUGCUGCUCAAAAAAACAAAAUAACUAUGAGUCUUUUUCUGAGUCCAGAGCAUGUUCUCCAAGGAGGAUACUUCCAUGCUACGCUGAGGAAGCUUCAGGAGCCAAACACCAGCAUUGAACCCCACAAUAUCAUGUACCCGGUUUUCCUGCUGGAAGAUGAUGAUGCAGUGCAACCAGUGUCGAGCAUGCCCAAUGUGUUCAGAUAUGGUAUCAACCAGCUCAUCAUUGCUCUUGAAGAUUUGGUGCUCAAAGGCCUCAAGUCAAUCCUCAUCUUUGGGAUUGUAGAGACUUUACCAAAGGAUCCAACAGGAACCGCAGCAGAUGCGUCCGGGAACCCGGUAAUAAAGGCUCUGCCAAAGCUACGGGAAGCGUACCCCCAGCUGUUGAUAGCGUGUGACGUGUGCCUGUGCCCUUACACCUCGCACGGGCACUGCGGCGUGCUGACCGCCGCCGGGGCCAUCGACCACGCCGCCUCCACCAAGAGGAUCGCUGAGGUCGCACUCGCUUAUGCUAAAGCAGGAGCCCAUGUUGUUGCACCUUCAGAUAUGAUGGAUAAUAGAAUAAAGGCGAUAAAAGAUGCUUUGGUGGCCAACAAAUUGCAGAAUCAGGUUUCAGUGCUCUCCUACUCGUGCAAGUUCGCGUCGUGCAUGUAUGGGCCCUUCCGCGACACCAUGAAGAGUUCGCCCAUGGAAGGCGACCGCAAGUGUUACCAGCUGCCACCCGGGAGCGCCGCACUCGCCGCCCGCGCCGCUGCGCGGGACGUGGCGGAGGGCGCUGACUUCCUGAUGGUGAAGCCGGGGCUGCCCUACCUGGACAUCGUGCGGCAGACAAAAGACAAGUUCCCAAACCAUCCGCUAUUCAUUUACCAGGUAUCCGGAGAAUACGCGAUGAUCUCCCGCAGUGGGUCUGCCAGUGAGGUGCAGGCCACGCUCAUGGAGACACUCACGUGCAUGAGGAGAGCGGCGCUCGCGUGCGUGGUCGCGGCCGUGGUCGCCGACGACAAGAAAGAGAAGGACAAGGACAUCGGCACCGUCAUCGGUAUCGACUUGGGAACCACCUACUCCUGUGUGGGUGUAUACAAGAAUGGACGUGUUGAAAUCAUUGCCAACGACCAGGGUAACCGUAUCACUCCCUCAUACGUAGCCUUUACUGCUGAUGGUGAGCGUCUCAUCGGUGAUGCUGCCAAGAACCAGCUUACUACAAACCCUGAGAACACCGUCUUCGACGCCAAGCGUCUUAUUGGGCGCGAAUGGACCGACUCCACUGUCCAACAUGAUGUGAAAUUCUUCCCCUUCAAAGUUGUUGAGAAAAACAGCAAACCUCAUGUCUCAGUCAUGACAGCUCAGGGUGACAAGAUCUUUGCUCCUGAGGAAAUUUCCGCCAUGGUGUUGACUAAAAUGAAGGAAACCGCCGAAGCUUACUUGGGUAAGAAGGUCACUCACGCCGUCGUCACCGUCCCGGCUUACUUCAACGACGCUCAGCGUCAAGCCACCAAGGACGCUGGUGUCAUCGCCGGUCUCAACGUCAUGAGAAUCAUCAACGAGCCCACCGCCGCCGCUAUCGCGUACGGUCUGGACAAGAAAGAGGGAGAGAAGAACGUGCUCGUCUUUGACUUGGGUGGUGGUACUUUCGACGUGUCUCUGCUCACAAUCGACAACGGUGUCUUCGAAGUAGUGGCUACCAAUGGUGACACCCACUUGGGAGGUGAGGACUUCGACCAGAGAGUCAUGGAGCACUUCAUCAAGCUGUACAAAAAGAAGAAGGGCAAGGACAUCAGGAAAGACAACCGCGCCGUCCAGAAACUGCGUCGUGAGGUCGAGAAGGCUAAGAGGGCUCUGUCUUCCAGCCACCAGGUUAAGAUCGAAAUUGAAUCCUUCUUCGAAGGUGAAGAUUUCUCCGAGACCCUCACCAGGGCUAAGUUCGAAGAAUUGAACAUGGACCUCUUCAGAUCUACCCUCAAGCCCGUGCAGAAGGUACUCGAGGACGCCGACAUGAACAAGAAAGACGUCGACGAAAUCGUACUCGUCGGUGGUUCGACCCGUAUCCCCAAGGUUCAGCAGCUGGUCAAGGAAUUCUUCAACGGAAAGGAGCCAUCCCGAGGCAUCAACCCCGACGAGGCCGUCGCCUACGGUGCCGCCGUGCAGGCUGGAGUGCUCAGCGGUGAACAGGACACUGACGCCAUUGUACUUCUCGACGUCAACCCUCUUACCAUGGGUAUCGAAACUGUCGGAGGCGUCAUGACCAAGCUCAUCCCCCGUAACACCGUCAUUCCCACCAAGAAGUCUCAGAUCUUCUCUACCGCCAGCGACAACCAGCACACCGUCACCAUCCAAGUCUAUGAAGGUGAACGUCCCAUGACCAAGGACAACCACUUGUUGGGCAAAUUCGAUCUGACUGGCAUCCCGCCAGCGCCGCGAGGCAUUCCUCAAAUCGAAGUCACCUUCGAAAUCGACGCCAACGGUAUUCUCCAGGUAUCUGCUGAGGACAAGGGCACAGGAAACAGGGAAAAGAUUGUCAUCACCAAUGACCAAAACAGAUUAACCCCCGAAGACAUCGAAAGGAUGAUCAAGGAUGCUGAGAAGUUCGCCAACGACGACAAGAAACUAAAGGAGCGCGUCGAGUCCAGAAACGAACUUGAGAGCUAUGCUUAUUCCAUCAAGAACCAGCUUCAAGAUAAGGAGAAGCUGGGUGCUAAGGUCAGUGACGACGACAAGACCAAGAUGGAGGAGGCCAUCGACGCCGCCAUCAAAUGGUUGGAAGACAACCAAGACGCCGAGGCGGAAGAUUACAAGAAACAAAAGAAGGCGGUGGAAGACGUCGUUCAGCCCAUCAUUGCCAAACUGUACCAAGGCCAAGGCGGCGUGCCACCCCCGGGCGCGGGAGAUGACGAUUCGGACUUCAAAGAUGAGCUGUAAUUGUAACCAAACUAUAACUGAGACUGUAAAAAUCGCGUGAUUGAAGCAAAAUGUGAUCUCCUAGGUCACUACAGACCACGCACAGAGCGAGAGCUCGCUGUGUGCAUGGCCUGUAACCGAGCGUGAAUACGGAGUGUUUUAGCUCGAGUUGUGUAUAUUUAUUGUGUGCGAGCGAGGGGUGUGCGGCGACCCGGAUCUGAGCGGCGGCCGCUGCGCACUGGCGUGUUUGUGAGAACGUUACUAUUUGUAUAAAUUAAUGCAUUUUUUAAUUUUAGUUGAAGCAAUAGUUUCGCGUGUGAAUUGCGAGGGCCUGUUUCCAUGACUGUUUGCAAAUCGAUUUUUUGUCUUCCUUGUCACUGGUUUGAUUUAGAGACAUGAAUCGAUAUAGUCUCAAUUCACUCUGGAGGCUACCUCAGUGUUCUUUAUUGUAUGUAUGUAUGUUAUGAGACUGCAGAAGUUAGUUUUUAAUUAGCAAACUAAUUAAUAAUUAUUAUGUAGUUAUUUAAUAAUUU